GUGUGUGCGCGCGCGCAUACGACCUGGGCGCGAUGAUCUCACUCGUGCGCAUGUGCGCGCGAUGCACGUUCGCCUGGCCAGUCUUCCGCCGCUUGAGGCGCUCAUAGUUGCGGCGUGAUGUCAGCGGGUGGGCUGGCGACCGUUUCGCCCAUACUCACGCACGGAAACGCGCACUGUCUCGGAGAUCUAGACGCCUGUUUACUCGCUCCACCCCUACGCAGGCGGCGGGCGGCGCUGCCCAGGCCCGUUUUUCCCGCCCACGGGACCCGGCCCCUGCUCCGCCCGGUAUUUGUGCGACGCCCAUUGGCCCGGCGGACUCCGGCACAGAAGGCUGGGCUUGCAGGCGCAGCAGCUGCGGAGGUCGAGCUGGGCUGAGAGUGCAGGCCGGCGAAGGCCGGCGGGGACGCAGCCGGGGCUAUGCUGGGCAAGGACUACAUGCUGGCCAUCAUUCUGGUCAACUGCGAUGAUGACUUGUGGGGGGACCAGAGUCUGGAGGGGGAACCAGGCCUGCCCCCUGGCUGGAGGAAGAUCCACGAUGCUGCAGGUACUUACUAUUGGCACGUACCCAGCGGUAGCACCCAGUGGCAGCGCCCAACCUGGGAGCCAGGAGAUGCAGAGGACCCAGGCACGAGGACGGAGGGGAUUUGGGGACUUCGGCCCCCCAAGGGGAGAUCCUUCUCCAGCCUGGAGAGCUCACUGGACCGGAGUAACUCUCUAUCCUGGUAUGGUGAGGAAUUCUACAUCCAGAGUGUGGAGCCCGGGGCUAAGUGCUUUGCAGUCCGCUCUCUGGGCUGGGUAGAGGUACCUGAAGAGGACCUGGUGCCAGGGAAGAGCAGUAUUGCAGUCAAUAACUGCAUUCAGCAGCUGGCCCAGACCCGCAGCCGGAGCCAGCCCCCAGAUGGUGCCUGGGGCGAGGGUCAGAACAUGCUGAUGAUCUUGAAGAAGGACACCAUGAGCCUGGUGAAUCCCCUGGACCACAGUCUGAUCCACUGCCAGCCUCUGGUGCACAUCCGUGUAUGGGGUGUGGGCAGCUCCAAGGGCCGUGACAGGGACUUCGCUUUUGUGGCGGGUGACAAAGACAGCUGUAUGCUCAAGUGCCAUGUCUUUCGCUGUGACGUCCCUGCCAAGGCCAUUGCCAGUGCCCUCCACGGGCUCUGUGCCCAGAUCUUGUCAGAGCGAGUAGGGAUCAGUAGUGAUUCCCCUUGCUGCUCCCUAGACCCCAUCUCCCCUGAAGACCUGCCACGGCAAGUGGAGCUGCUGGAUGCGGUGAGCCAGGCUGCUCAGAAGUACGAGGCACUGUACGUGGGGACCCUGCCAGUCACCAAAGCCAUGGGCAUGGACGUGCUGAACGAGGCUAUUGGUACUCUCACCACCCGGGGGGACCGGGAUGUCUGGGUCCCUGCCAUGCUCAGUGUGUCUGACUCCCUCAUGACUGCACAUCCCAUUCAGGCAGAGGCUGGUGCAGAGGAGGAGCCACUGUGGCAGUGCCCUGUGCGACUUGUGACCUUUAUUGGUGUUGGCCGCGACCCACACACCUUUGGCCUCAUUGCCGACCUGGGCCAUCAGAGCUUCCAGUGCGCGGCCUUCUGGUGCCAGCCCCAUGCAGGGGGACUCUCUGAAGCUGUGCAGGCUGCUUGCAUGGUUCAGUACCAGAAGUGUCUUGUGGCCUCUGCAGCUCGAGGCAAGGCCUGGGGUGCCCAGGCCCGUGCCCGCCUGCGGCUCAAGCGGACCAGCUCCGUGGACUCCCCGGGAGGUCCUGUGCCUCUCCCUCUACUCAAAGGAGGGGUUGGGGGUGCUGGGGCAGCCCCUCGAAAGCGGGGUGUCUUCUCUUUUCUUGAUGCCCUCCGGCUGAAACCCUCUCUGCUCCAUAUGCCCUAAAUUGAUCCGGGAGGACUGGAGAAGGAGGCUCUGGGUCCAUGCCCAACUCUGUACCCCUUCAUUCCCUAGGGGCCUGCAGCCUUCUCUGCCUGUCCUUCCAACCUUGCCCACCCUCUAUUUAUUGCCCAAUUUAUUAACUGUUUAUAUGGAUGACCAAGAGGCCCUGCACCACAACCUAGGCCCCUGGCUCUCCUUUCCCUGGGUCCCUGUGUUCCUUGCCCCUGUCCAGCCCUGGACAGUUGGCUCUACCUCAGCAACACUUUAUAGCAAAAUCAGUACAAAUAAAAAUCCCUCAGUGACCUCA